AUGCCAACGCCCCAUCGCGAGUCCAACGACAUCCAGCAGGCGAUUACCUUGCUUCGCACCCUUUAUGAGGAGCUUCAACGGGCCCGAAAUGCGGAUCGUCAAGAGCACAAUGGGCUCAUGCAACGCUUUUCUGGCACAAAUGUGCUUCUGAUUCCAUUAGCCGAUCUAAGGACCGGAGAAGUCAUUGAACGAUUUCCCGCCACCGCGGAGGAAAUUUCUGCGCUUGAUGGUAAGUAG